AUGGCAACAAAGCAUCAUAGAAACAACGUGGAAUCCAAGGAUGAGGGCGGUGAGACAUCGUUGUGGAGAGUUUAUGUUUACGCGGCUGGCGUGGGCAACGGAAGAGAAAGGAACGAGGCCGGCGCCGGGCGCACCAUGCGUUUCGCUGCCGGAUUAGCGCGAUGGAUAUCCUCCAAUCCACGAGAUAAUACCGGAAGAAAGCCCAAUACCGUGUCCCGGCAAAACUGUGAGAUUUUCGUGCCAACAAGUACGACAGCUGUGCUUCAAUUGGUAGAGUUGGUGCGAGCAGAACCUGGUUCAGUCACAGGACCAAGUGCGCCUGCGGGCGAAAUUCAAAUAAUUGUGAUUUUCGUGACGAUGAAGCUGCCCUUGACGGCCCCGCCUUCUUGGAUCGUAUUGGCAGCCGAAGAGGCAUGCAGGUUGCGGCCUGUUGUGGGAGGAUGA